CGGUAGCAACCAUUUCCGAAUCGCCCCGAACAUGCCGUCGCGGUCCUCCAAAGUCGUGCGGCUCAUCGCGACGGGCUGGACGUCCUUGGCCAAGACGACCAAGUCGCCCGUCGAGCUCAUGCAAGAUGCGCUCGUGUCGGCCACCAACGCCGCCGGCAUCAGCCUCCGCGACAUUGGCGGGCUCAUCGCGGUGCCGUCGCUCGCAGACCCGCACUUCAUGGAAGCGCACUACGUCGCGACGCACAUGGGCAUCCUCCCAGCCAAGAACGUCGUCGUGCGCACGGUGGACACGGGCGGCGCGGGCCCGGUCACGGCCUUGCUGGCGGCCAAGCGCAUGGUGGAGUACGAGGGCGUCGACUGCGUGGCGGUAGUCGCCGGUGACGCUGUGCGUCAGCUCUCUGGUGACGAGUUCCUUCGCCGCGCUGACCAAACGUGCUACCACCCCGCGUCUGGCCUCUCGUCGCCUGUGAUUCCAUCUGGCUAUGACCGCAUUGCCCGCUAUCAAAUGGACAAAUUUGGCGUCACGCGCGCCGAGCUCGCUGCAUGUUCGGCCGUCAUGUCCAUCAUGGCGUCGCAGCACCCGCUCGCAAUGACCAAAGUGCCCCGAACGAUCGAAGAGGUUCUCGCGUCGCCACCGGUGGCAUCCGUGACCAACCUUCUCGAAUGCGCCCGCCGGGCCGACGGCGGAGCUGCCCUCCUAGUGGCCUCGCCGCGCUUCCUCGAGCGCAAGGGCAUUCCGGCGUCGACAGGCGCUGUCAUCAUUGGUGGUGGCGAAGCGUCCGGGCCGCUGUACCCGCCGGCGCUCGCCGACAUCAACGAAGACAUGUUUUCUUGCGAGCAAGCAACCAAAAUGGCGUACGAGGAGGCGAACGUGAGCGUGCGGGACAUUGACUUUUUCGGUCUCUACGACUGCUACCCCGUGUGCUUGAUCCGCGCCGUCGAAGCUGUCGGCCUCGCAGACCAAGGCGAGGGCGGUCGGUACAUCUUGGGCAAGUACCACGAGCUCGUGGCCAACCCGGAGAAGCGCCCGCAAGACAUUCUGCCCAUCAACACGCACGGCGGUCUCUUAGCGUUUGGUGCGCCGUGGGAAGUCCCCGCCAUGUACAAUAUCAUCGAAGCAUUCCACCAGAUCACCAACACGGCGGCGACGCGGCAGAUCCCCAACGUCCGGCGCGCGCUCGUGUACGGCAACGGCGGCAUCUUCUCCCACAGCGCUGUCGCCAUCCUGGGCAAUGGCGUCUACUAAGAUUCCCGUAUCGCUUUCACGACAGCUGCGAGCUACAUUGCACCCUGUCUUCAUGCAAAAUGCGACCUGUAGCUAAAUUCCUAAAAUACGUAUCCUGGCCAA